GCUUUAAUAGUGCUUUUAGUAUUACAGCUUUAUGAUCUUGCAUCUCAAAUUGCAUGCCUGUCAAGUUCAAAAAACAGAUGGUAUAUGGUAUUGAAAUAGUUUAGGAUGUGGACAAGUGCAAUGUUUAAAGGAAUUUGAUCUUUCCUAGAGAGUAACCCCCAAGGGUUUUACCCUGGUAUGGAUCCACCUUGCGGCAUGUUUAGUAUAAACCCAUUGGGAUUACCAUAAAAAAAGAAAAAAAAAAGUGUAAAUAUAAAGGUAAUGACCCCCAAGGAAUAUUAGUCCAAGAAAUGACUCCUGAAAACCCUUGAGGGGUCGCUAGGAAAGAUCCAGAGAUUUUUGCAGGUGGUUUUUAGAAUUUUUCCUGAAGUGAACUGAAGGGAAACGUGUUGUUUCUUACCUCCAAAUAAAAACAUUGACAAUUGUCAUGUUUUUAGGUUGGAUGGGGACAAGCCGAGGGAACAAGACAGCAACCAAGGGUCAAGUGGGAGUUCUAUCCCAACUCUUAUUCCUUUAGUAGAAAGCCAAAGUUCUGAUGGAGGUUCUUCCCUGUAUGAUUCUGACACCACAACUUCCCUUCCUGUAGUUGAAAAUGUUACACCUAGGGGCAGCUCAUCCUCGGACAUAUUUGUUCCUCCUCCUGUGGAAAAGGUUCAUCUGAAACACAUUGAAUUAAUGCCAAAAUUAGUGGUGUAUUUUGAUUUAGAAACAACGGGGCUAGAGGCAGACUGUGAUAUUGUCCAAUUGUCCUCUGUGGUUGGUCAGCAAUACUUCAAUCAAUAUAUCUUACCAAGCAAAAAAGUUUCAUGGAAAGCAUCAGAAAUAACUGGGUUGACAUUUGAUUCUGGUUCCUUGCAUUUGAAAGGAAAGAAGGUGGAAGCUUUAGAACCUCGUGAAGCAUUACAAAAAUGGCUUAAUUGGAUAAGACCUUUAGCACCUGUUGUACUUGUGGCCCACAAUUGUUACAACUUUGAUGCAAGGCGCCUUGUGAAUAAUUACAACAAAUUUGGUCUGUUAGAGGAAUUAGGUCAGCUGGUAACUGGGUUUAUUGAUACACUGCCCAUGUUUAAAGAACUUUAUCCAAAAAUGUCCAGUUAUAGGCAAGAGGAACUUGUGUCAAAAAUCUUAAAGGAGACUUAUGAGGCUCAUGAUUCCUUGGCUGAUGUACAGUCACUGCAAAAACUUGUAAUGAAGCAUAAAUUGAGUGACAAAAAACUGCUCAAGUUUUCAUUCACCUACCAGUCUCUCUUGGAUUACAUUGAAUAUAGCAAAAAGGGCAAGGAGAAUGCUGAGUCACUCAAGUCCCUUAUUAACUCCAAACAUCUUUCAAGUGGCAUGGCAGAAACGGUUGGCAAGUCUGGUUUGACUUUAGACAAUCUUAGACAUGCCUUUGUUGAUGGCGGAAAGGAGCUUCUUGAGAAAGUGCUAAGUGAGCCAACCUCCAGUGGCCAGCCUAGAGUAACGCGUAACAGAUCUGUUUUGAACAAGUUGCACGAGUUCUUUUCAAAUGAGAAUGCAGAACCAAAGUAGUAGUGAUCCUGUCCUGUUGGUUUUGUGUAUUUUUCAUUAGAGACUUGUCUAGGUGUAGUUUAAAAAGUUCUUGUGUAAUUUUUUAUAGUGAAACCCCAAUUUAUGUGUUCCCUGGUUGUUUUUAUGCAGUCAAGGGGUCAAGCUUGGGGCAUAGUAAAUUCUUACCUGUAUGACUUAUUGCAAUAUUUUGUGUUAAGUAAAAAUGGUAAGAAACAUGGCCGUGAGUAAUCACUCGGAUAUGCCAGCCACAUGGUAAAAAGAUUGCUAAGGAGCAGGUAAAUAGUAGCUGAUUUAAAUAAGAAUAAUGUACUUGGAGAUCUUGAUGAGUUCGACCUGAUAGCUGUUAGGUGUUUUUGGAGUAGAGGUUAGAGCAACAAAUCUCGAACUAUUAAUAAGUUUUACUGGUGUAGCUGUUUCAAGAGUGAAGGUGUGCAGGGACAAUUGAGACUACACAUUAGACUAGACACCUCCAGUUUCCAGUAAGUUGGCCAAUUUGGUGCUCAAUUGUUAUUGUAGAUUGUUACCUGAUGCACCCGGUGUGAACAGAUGCAUGUUUGCCAAUGGAGCUGGCAGUUAUCAAAUAUUUUUACACCUUUUAAUUGUGUUGAAUCAUAUUAAAUCCGGGCAUUGUUCCUUGUACAUGGAGUUGAGGCCAUUCUCAUCAUUGAGUAUAAUCAAAUUGUAAGGUAUAGGAAUGUUAUUAGAAAAAAAGCGACAAGUUUUAGAUAUGGGAAAACUUACCAAAUGUCAAAAGCGCAAGUGCAUAGUAUUUUGAUGAUUUAAGACUUAUUAUAAAUUAAGUUGACAGGUUAAUGUGACUUUGAACAGUGGUUUGACUUCCCUUAGCUUGUGUGCCUUGUUUGUUAAUAAGACAAUCAAGGGGUCCCAACUGAGGGUAAAGUGAUUCUUCCCUCUACGACUUGACACAUUUGUUGUCAGGUAACUAGAGAAGAAACACUUCUUGGGUAAUGUUUAUUGUAUAUAGAAUGUUUAUUGUCUUGGAAUUUGAGCUUUGUGGGGAGCAUGCCUCGUUUUUAUGGUAGAGCUGGGGAAUGUCACACUAAAAAGUAGUUCAGUAGUUUUUUUGCAAAUUACAUGUGACACCCCUCAGUUAUUUUGGUGUGGUUGAUUUGAGGGCUCCUUUUAUUUUUCAAAUACUGAAUUGUGACAAGGUGCUACAAAACCCAGGAUGCAUAUUUUGUUACAUUGCUUAUAGGUAGACUGUUAAUGCAAGUUACCUAAUUGUAUAAACAGUUUGGUAAAGUUUUGAGGAAAACAAUUUUUAAAAUUUA